CAAAACAAGCCAACCAGCAAAAGCAACCACCAAUCCCAAUGGUCAGCGCGGCCGCGGCCGCGGCGGCGGCCGCCUCCACCUUCCUCCUCUUCGUCGCCGGCCUCGCCGUCCCUACCGCCUCCGCCGCCGACCCCUACGACCCGCCGACCGUGCCGGAGCUCAUGGACAGGUUCGGCCUCCCGCGCGCGCUGCUCCCGGACACCGUCCGGCGGUACCUCCUCCACGACGACGGCUCCUUCCAGCUCUUCCUCGACGGCGGCGGCUGCGUGGUCGAGGCCGGCGGCUACCGCAUCGGCUACGGGAUCAAGCUCUCCGGCGCGGUGGCGCCCGGGCGGGUCACGGGGCUCGAGGGCGUCCGCGUCCGCGUGCUGUUCGCCUGGGUGCCCGUCACCGGCGUCGAGGCGGCCGGCGGGGAGGUGACCGUCCGCAUCGGCCCGCUCAAGAAGUCGUUCCCGGCCGUCGGGUUCAAGUCCAGCCCCCGGUGCAUCGCCGGUGCGGCAGCGGCGACGGCAACCGAUUCUUGAUUAGCCUCGAUUUCUUUCUGGAGCACUUUAGUUCGUUGCGAUUUGCUAGGACAGGCUUGAUGUGUUGCUUUGGCGGAGAACACUUGUUUAUAAGGAUUACACAUACGAUUUACAGACUAAACCAGUGUUGGCUACAUCCUUUUUUUUUCACUGUGCCAGGGAAGAUGGGUCAUGCUAGCCCUGAUUUGGAAUUUUGCAAA